GUCAACGCCAGUGACUGUAUGCGUAGGGACGGGGGCACGGAACUGCUGUAGGGUCGACGAAUAAUUGGAGAUGAAGGAGAAAGAUGUAAAUUAAAAAGCGGUUUUAGAUUUAUAGUGGUAAAUUGGCGAUAGUACAGUUAUAUGUCGCCUCACGUUAAAGCGAAUGUUAUAUGAGGACUCGCGGAGGAAGUGCUUUAAUCGCAGUUAGGUAGCGAAUGUAGGAAGAGUUGGGGAGGGCUGUAGCUGCUGGGGUUUUUUUGGAGAGGGAAAACAACAUGGCUGCGGUGGAGCUCGAAUGGAUCCCAGAAACACUGUACAACACAGCUAUCUCGGCUGUGGUGGACAACUACAGCCGAUCAAGAAGGGACAUACGGUCGCUCCCAGAAAAUAUACAGUUCGAUGUCUAUUAUAAGCUUUACCAGCAGGGCCGGCUCUGCCAGCUGGGAGGAGAGUUCUGUGAGCUGGAGGUGUUUGCUAAAGUACUGCGGGCUUCAGACAAAAGGCACCUUCUGCACCACUGCUUUCAAGCGCUGAUGGACCACGGUGUGAAAGUGGCCUCAGUUCUGGCAAACUCCUUCAGCCGCCGCUGCUCCUACAUCGCAGAGUCUGAUGCCCAUGUCAAAGAGAAGGCCAUCCAGUUUGGCUUCGUGCUGGGUGGCUUCUUGUCUGAUGCAGGCUGGUAUGGAGAUGCAGAGAAAGUGUUUCUGUCAUGCCUGCAGCUGUGCACACUCCACAGUGAAGUCCUCCACUGCUUCCGGGCUGUGGAAUGCUGUGUCAGGCUGCUUCAUGUCCGCAACGGCAACUGUAAGUACCACCUGGGCGAGGAGACCUUCAAGCUUGCUCAGUCUUACAUGGACAAACUAGCCAAACAUGGCCACCAGGCCAACAAGGCAGCGCUGUACGGCGAGCUUUGUGCCUUGCUCUUCGCCAAAAGUCACUAUGAUGAGGCAUACCGGUGGUGUAUAGAAGCUAUGAAGGAAAUUACUCCAGGGCUGCCUGUCAAAGUAGUGGUUGAUGUCCUCCGGCAAGCCUCAAAGGCCUGCGUUGUGAAGAGAGAGUUUAGAAAAGCAGAGCAGCUGAUCAAACAUGCAGUGUUUUUAGCAAGAGAACAUUUUGGACACAAGCAUCCCAAGUACUCUGACACGCUGCUAGAUUAUGGAUUUUACUUAUUAAAUGUAGACAACAUAUGCCAAUCAGUUGCUAUUUACCAGACAGCGCUGGACAUUCGACAGUCUGUGUUCGGGGGGAAGAACAUCCACGUUGCCACAGCCCAUGAAGACCUGGCCUACUCCUCGUAUGUGCACCAAUAUAGCUCCGGGAAAUUUGACAACGCUCUGUUCCACGCAGAACGUGCCAUAGACAUCAUAACUCACAUUCUGCCUGAGGACCAUCUGCUGCUGGCCUCCUCCAAGAGAGUCAAAGCUCUGAUUCUGGAAGAAAUCGCCAUUGACUGCCACAAUAAAGAGACAGAAGAGCGCCUUCUUCAAGAGGCUCAUGACCUGCACCUCUCCUCACUGCAGCUGGCCAAGAAGGCCUUCGGAGAGUUCAACGUCCAGACAGCCAAACACUAUGGCAACUUAGGACGACUCUACCAGUCCAUGAGGAAGUUCAAGGAGGCAGAGGAGAUGCACAUCAAAGCCAUCCAGAUCAAGGAGCAACUUCUGGGCCAUGAGGACUACGAGGUGGCUCUGUCUGUGGGUCACCUGGCCUCCCUCUACAACUACGACAUGAACCAGUAUGAAGACGCAGAGAGGCUCUACCUGCGCUCCAUCGCUAUCGGUAAGAAGCUGUUUGGAGAGGGUUACAGUGGGCUGGAGUACGACUACCGAGGCCUAAUCAAACUCUACAACUCAGUGGGGAACUACGAGAAGGUGUUUGAAUACCACAACGUACUGUCUAACUGGAACCGGCUGAGGGACCGGCAGUUUGCUGUGGCCGAUGCCCUGGAGGACGUCAACACUACACCGCAGCAGACCCAGGAGGUGGUACAAGCCUUCCUAUUGGCUCAGAGCCUGGGCCCCACCCGCCCAUGUCUUGGCUGAUUUUAUGAGGGAAGAGAAAGAAGAAGAAAGACACAUGGGCUUUAGCCUGGCAAGGACACAUACUAAGCCCAAAUGUGAUGCUUCAGUUGCACACAGUUAAAUAGUAAUGCACAGUCAAUUCAAGCAUCACUGGCGAGUCAGCUGGCUUUAUAGUCACUGCAGCUGCCAGUACAUGCACAGACAUACACACACAUUUAGUUGUGGAAUAAAAAAAAGUAGAGAAGACACCGUUUUCAAACCUCAUCGACAUUCAUUCAAACCAUCAAGAUGCAUCUCCGGACUGGAUGCAGCUUCACCCCACAGAGCAGACAGUUGCAUUUCUCCAAGAGAAAGAGGACACAACUUUUUUUUUUUUUUUGUAAAAAAAAAAAAAAAAAAAUCCCUCAAUCGUCCUGUAAGGAUGACAAAUUCUCUCUCCUCUUCUCUUGUCUCGGUCGCCUUUUUCUUUUCAGUUUGGAAUCGGAGAUUUUUUGCUUUUCGUAUUUGAACCAGUGUAGUUCUUAAUGCCAUGAGACUCAUCAUAGAUCAAAACCAAGAUAUACAGGACAGUAUCUGGACCCCACACACAUCUGUGAACAACUUGUUUUAACCCACAUCCAUCAUCAUCACUUGGUGGAUCAGAGACGGAAAAUGUCAGAUAUUUUUUGACACUUGUACAGUAAAAUAAUACAGCAGAUUGUACAUUUAAGUUUCAAUUGAAGGCAUCUUGGUUCUUUUCUUUGCAAAGAAACGAAAGCGGAUCCUAAUGGUGUUUUUCCAUACACGUGUGCUGACUUGGCUCAGUUUGACAGCACAGCAGGGAUUUGCAUCUCCAUUAUAAACACACAAGCCUACCCGCUUGAAGGUGUCUUAAACUGCUUUUCUUGAGUCGAUGGCAUUUAAAAGCAGCGUGCUGAUCCAUGGCUGUGACUAGUGGUCAAAGGAGUGGCUUUUCCUAUAAAUUCUUCACAAUAAAAGUCCCCCGUUAUUAGUAGACACGUGAGUUGAGUCUUGCAACACAAGCUUGUUUGAGGGGGAGAAGGGGGGGAUUGUCACGGCAAUGGGUUGGCUGCGGUCGGCGAGACGUCCCUGCAACCCGCUUGAUGGUGGGUGAGGAGCACCUUGGCCCGACUCCGGAGUUGGUCCAUCUCGGGCGUCUCAGCGUGUUUAAUCUAGUAAUGGAAAUGCAAAUCAGGAGCGGCUAAAAGUGCAGAUGGAAAAACACCAUAAGAGAACUCCUGUUCUGAACUGCUUGUUGGAGAGAGAUUACAGUACGCAGAAACCAUGGAAUGUGUUCAACCAGUGGGUCUAUUGUUACACACAGAACAGGCUUCACAGGUCUUGUUUUCAGUAUAUUUUCUUUCUUUUUUUUCAAGCUUAGUACUGACGAUAAUUAAAAAUGCCAAUAAUUUAUAAUAUGCAAAAGUAUGUUUAUGUAGCCCAUUGUGUAUGCUUUUCUUACUGAGUGAGCCAUGAAUUCUGAAGAAACAGCUCAACACUAUUACUCUAAAACAAGGGACUUGGAUAGGAUGGAAAAGAGGAAGAUGCUAAAUGUACAGAGGCGUAUAAGUCUCCCUUUAUUUGUUAAUCUUAAGGUGUGGCUUCGUGUGUGUGUGUGUGUGUGUGUGUGUGUGUAAACUCUGGGUGCCCAAGUGCUCCACUGAUGAUUACUAGCCUUACACCAGCUUGCAGUUAUCUGUAGACGGACCCAUACUUCUAAGUGCUAAAUAAACUAUUACACCCUUAAGGGCACUACAAUGGGGACCAAUAUUGUGUAUGUGUGUAUGCAUGCAUGUGUUGCCAGCCUGUUUACCUGUGCAUCUGGCCUUUCCUCUCUAUUCCUUCCUGUCAGAUAUUCCAUUCAUGAAAAGUUCCAGAUAUCUUUUUACUGGACCAUGUUUUUUUUUUUUUUUUCAACAGCUUCCAUCAUACUGACUAUUUAUGUCCAAAAUCCCAUCAGUUGUUUCACCAUAGAGCUUUAAUCAUAAUGAACCAAUGGGAUAAAUAACCCUGACCAGAUAACACGUCUGUUUAAAAUUGUAACGCCGUGAUGUUCACUUUAUUAUAACUCAUGUCAUGCUUGAGCCGCUGGUCUACAUGCAGCACUUUUAAAGGAUCAGAUCACUCAAGUUACCGAAACAAUGCAUCUCACUUACCUCUAGUGCGGUGGUUCCCAACCGUAUUUGACUAUAGCCAAACCAGUAGUGGACUUGUAAGGAUAAUACCAAUAUUGACAUUUGAGAGUUUAAAAAAAAACUGUAUAUCUGCAGAUAUCCAUUCUGUUUACAUGAACACACAACAUAAA